CGGCCUGCGGUCGCCGAGGCUUUCGGGCAGCUGGGACCUCUGAGAGCGACUGUCAUGGCGGUCGCGCAGUGGGGCUUCUUUCCCAUCCUGCUGCUACUGCUCUCAGGGGAUGCCCAGAGCUCGGAGGGGCCAGGGGCCACGGCCGAGGGUUCAGGAGGGAGUCCUGUCGGCGUAGGAGAUCGUUUCAAGAUUGAGGGGCGCGCAGUCGUUCCCGGGGUGAAGCCCCAGGACUGGAUCUCCGCGGCCCGAGUGCUGGUGGACGGAGAAGAGCAUGUCGGCUUCCUUAAGACAGAUGGGAGCUUUGUGGUUCAUGAUAUACCUUCUGGAUCGUAUGUAGUGGAAGUUAUUUCUCCAGCUUACAAGUUUGAUCCCGUCCGAGUAGAUAUCACUUCAAAGGGAAAAAUGAGAGCAAGAUAUGUGAAUUACAUCAAAACAUCAGAAGUGGUCAGACUUCCCUAUCCUCUUCAAAUGAAGUCUUCAGGCCCCCCUUCUUACUUUAUUAAAAGGGAAUCAUGGGGUUGGACUGACUUUCUGAUGAACCCAAUGGUUAUGAUGAUGGUUCUUCCAUUAUUAAUAUUUGUGCUUCUGCCUAAAGUAGUCAAUACAAGUGACCCUGACAUGAGACGGGAGAUGGAGCAGUCGAUGAAUAUGUUGAAUUCUAACCAUGAAUUGCCUGAUGUUUCUGAGUUUAUGACAAGACUCUUCUCUUCAAAAUCAUCUGGCAAAUCUAGCAGUGGCAGCAGUAAAACAGGCAAAAGUGGAGCUGGCAAAAGGAGGUAGUCAGGUGGUCUACAGCUGUCACUUGCACAAAUGGCAGCAUACCUGGUGGAAAACCCAGCGAAGCAACUACUGUAAACUUGAGUCAUCCUGGAAGCCGAUCUCGUACAAUUGUUGUAUACGUUAACUUUUUAACAUAUGUGUUUUGUACUUGGUACACAAGAAAAUCCAGCUUUCAUCUUUGUCUAUAUGAGGUCAAUAUUAAUGUCACUGAAUUAAUUACAGUGUCCUAAAGAAAAUGACAUGAAUAAAUUAUAUGAAAUGCUAUACAUUAUGUAUAUUAAAAAUCUUAAUCCAGA